GCCAUGGGUCAGAGCUGAACUUUCUAGGCAGCUGGCAGCUGAAGUUGGCCCCUCACUCAGGCCCCGCCCACCCUGCCCACCCCCCAUCCCGGAGCUAUCAUGUGGCCCCUAGUGGCUACCAUCGCUUGCCUGACCUUGGCCUUGUCCGAAGGAAUCUCCCGGGACUACCCCAAGAUUCUCAAUGGUACCAAUGGGACUAGUGGUUUUCUCCCAGGUGGCUACACCUGCCUUCCCCACUCUCAGCCUUGGCAGGCAGCUCUACUGAUCCGCGGACGACUUCUCUGUGGAGGGGUUCUGGUUCACCCCAAAUGGGUACUCACAGCGGCUCACUGCAGGAAAGAUGGGUACACAGUUCAUCUGGGCAAGCAUGCCCUGGGGCGUGUGGAGAACGGUGAGCAGGCAAUGGAGGUGGUCCGCUCUAUCCCCCAUCCUGAAUACCAGGUCACCCCCACCCACCUGAACCACGACCAUGACAUCAUGCUUCUGGAGCUGAAGUCUCCAGUCCAGCUCAGCAGCCACGUCCGUACCCUGAAACUCUCUGCAGAUGACUGCCUGCCCACUGGCACCUGCUGCCGUGUUUCUGGCUGGGGCACCACCACCAGCCCCCAGGUGAAUUAUCCCAAAACCCUGCAGUGCGCCAACAUUGAACUGCGCUCAGAUGAGGAGUGCCGGCAGGUGUACCCUGGGAAGAUCACUGCCAACAUGCUCUGUGCUGGUACCAAAGAAGGGGGAAAGGACUCCUGUGAGGGUGAUUCUGGGGGCCCACUGAUUUGCAAUGGCAAACUCUACGGCAUCAUCUCAUGGGGAGAUUUUCCAUGUGGACAGCCCAACCGACCUGGCGUUUACACACGAGUCUCAAAAUACCUGCGUUGGAUCCGGGAGAUCAUCAGAAACACUCCAGAGCAGAGAUGGACAAAGGGCACACAAUAAAAUUGUGUUCAUUUGCCCGCCUCCCUCCCCUACUGUGCCUCUCUCACUGUGUGCUUCUCCCUUCUCUGUCGCCUCUGCCCUAAGUGCCCCUUUGGAACAACAGGCCCAUAUUCACAGUGACAUUCCCUUCACCAGCCUUGGAACACUCCAAUAACUUGAGUGCUCCAAUCCAAACACCUACUUCAUCAUGACCACCAUAAACUGGCGUUGAUAUCUGCAUAUUCCAAUUCUGUUGGUGCCACACAGUCCCAUCCUGAUCUCAUCUUAGUAGCAGUCUAUAGAUGGACCUUCCCUGGCAGGUCCUUGCAACCCUCAGACUAUUUACCCCUUGGCAAUGUUUUUUGUUUUUUUGUUUUUUGUUUUUUAAUAUUCAAGAAGGUUUUAGACUCAUGUGAUAUUUCAUUCUGAAAGUCUUUCUAGUCCAGAAUCUUCUGCCAGGACCACAUCCCAUGCACUUUAAGGUGACUCACCACAGGUACUCUACAACCUCUGCCUAGCUCAUUCCCACCCUGAUAUCAUGACUCAAACUACAUCCCACAUUCUACAGGACCCAGCCCUCAUCAACUCUGCUCCUCUCUAAGUUACCACCAACAUGGGCCAACAGUUCUCUGGUCCAUAUAGUUACAGGACCCAAAGGGCCUCCUUCCUAGAUCUUAUCACCCCCAUAAGUCUCCUGUUAUCUCCCCCAUGAACAUCCUUACUCAAUAGUCCUUGACUUCAUACCUUUGCCUAUGAUCCCACAUCUGCUUAAUGCUAAUCCCUGCUUUGAAUAAGUCAUAAAACUCACAACUUCCUUGCUUCCUUUUUUUGUUUUGUUUUGUUGUGGAUGAUGCAUUGGUCUUGCUUGGUGGCCUGGGCUGGCCUAGAAGUCUCCUGACCAUCCUCCUUUCUCACCCUGCAGAGUGUGAGUCUGAUGGGCGUGUGCCACCCAAACCCAGCUCUUUGCUCUCUUGCCUUCAAAAUGGGUUCAUAAUUUACACUGAGAGCAUUGUCAUGAGGGUAAAUUCUAGUACUCACAUUGUACAAUAACCACUGAAUUUGCAAUGUCUCAGAAAGUGUAGGUUGCACAUACUUAGCUGGGUGCUAACAAUAUAAUUUUUUUAUUUGUUCAAUAAAUAUUGGUAUCAGCCA